UUUACAAAUGACGGCAAGAUAAUUUUUUAGCACGUGUUUAGUAAUCUGAUUCAAAUUGGAAAGUAUCCUGAGAUGAAAGAAUGCGAAACGCUUUUCUUUAUGUUUAAGUGGGUUAAAUCGAAAGUCGUAGUUUCACCAAUUGCUAUACCACAAUUAAGAUUUUUUCAAUUACAGUGAAAAAUGGAAUUUAUAUCUUCAUUUGAUACAAGUAUAUUAAAUAGACCAUCUGGUUGGUAUGAAAUAAAAACAUUAACUAAAGGACCAUAUCCAAGAGGAGGUCAUACUGGAAUUUAUGUUACACAAUUAUCAGAAACUGCAUCCAAAGAAAUGGAUGACAAAAAAGGCAAAAUUUUCUUAAUAGGUGGUGCCGAUCCCGAUCGAGCUUUUGAUCAGAGUUUCGUUCUAGAUUUAAAUAAUAUGACGUGGGCUGGUCACUCAUCAGGCUCUUUCUGUGGCCGUUAUGAACAUAGCUGUUAUAUUCCAACGAGUUAUCCCGAUAAAAUAUACAUAUUUGGUGGAGCAGAUUUAACAGGAAAUAGAAAUGACAUUCAAGUUUUAGAUACUAAUACCAUGGUUUGGACAACAGUAGAGGUAGAUGGCUGUCAACCUUCCCCACGAACUCAACAUCAUUCAGCAGCUUUUGGAGAUUAUCUAGUUGUAUUCGGUGGAGGUGAUUGUGGAGCUAAUCCUGUAUCAGACUGUGAUGUUCAUAUUUUCAAUGCUACAACACAAUCAUGGUCCAUAUUAACAGCAACAGGGAAUGCGCCAUCUGUUCGACAUGGGCAUGCAAUGGUUUCAUUAGGAAACUUAAUUUAUGUUCAUGGUGGUAUGUCGGGCCCCACAUUCUAUGACGAUUUCUAUACUCUUGAUAUGGAAAAUUGUAUGUGGAAAAAACUUUCUCCGAAAGGUAGAAAUCCAACUCCUAGAGCAGCACACAGUAUUGUGGCUAUUAACAAACAGUUAUUUUUAUUUGGUGGCCUUUCAAAUAGAGGAGCACUUAAUGAUCUUCAUAGAUUUGACACAGUUGAAGAAAUCUGGGUGAAAAUUAGUGUUCCUGGAAAAUUACCAUCAGCAAGAUUAGAUUUUGCAAUUUGUGCAAUCAACAUAGAAUUAAUCAGAAAUGAUGAGAAGGGAUCAACAGAUGGCCAAUCUCAUCCUGUUAGAAAAGCAUCUCCAUCAUGGUUAUCUAAUACAAUUUCUUUUACUCGUAAUGAUGUUGGAUUUCUCAAAUGUUGGUGCUUUUCAGGAGGCAUGCAAUUAAAACCCAGCCACAGUGAACAUACAAGCAAUAUUCAAUCUGGCAGAUCGGCAAUUUUUCUUCACGGUGGAAUGGACACGCAAGGCAACAUUUUCGAUGACUUUUUUAUAUAUCUUAUUUAGAACAUUUUUCAGUGUAAAUGAUAAUUUUUUUUAUUGUUGCAUGAAUUUUUUUAAAAAGUGAUUAUUUAAAUAAAAAUUAGUAUUAUUAUAAUGAUAAUAAUGCGUUUGCUGUCUUCAUUUAGUUGGUUUAUAUAACAACAAAAGUAUCAUCACCUUAUUUCAUAUAAUUAUUUUUUGUACUACAGACUAAUUAAAGACAUGAUUUAAAAUUUUAAGAACAUAUAUCUUGUGUAUUCUGAAAUCGUGUCUUCUUUUAGCUGUUUUUAUCUUCAUGACUAGGUGCAUAGACAGACACGGCAUUUCUACAUCAUCUUUAUUUAGAAUAGCCUAUCGACCUAUAGGAUAUUCCGAAUAAAGAUAAUGUAGAAAUGCCCUUUAUCUAUGCACCUAGUUGUAAAGAUAAAAAAGAACA